UCCCCACCCUUCCACACAGUGCAUGAAAUGUUCCUCAGCACAAACCCGUCCAGAGCCACCGUGACACAGUACAGGCGAUCCAGACACCAGGACUGGCCCAACAGCUGCCUCGCAACCAUGUUCCCACACAGCUUUGACUACAACCAGCCGAUGAGAAAGCGUUGAGAAGAAGGAGACAUGAUGGGACAGUUCCCGGAGGAUGUGGUGGGUGGCUUCACCACAGAGGAACUGGAAUGCAAGAUCUGCUACUGUGCUUACAGCCUGUCAAGUCGACGGCCCAAGGUCCUCGAGUGCUGCCAUUGUCUUUGUGCCAAGUGCCUUGCAAAAAUCCUCGAUUUAGGUGAAUCCUCUCCAAACGCAGUGGUCUGUCCAUUCUGCCGCUACAUCACAGACCUUCCCGGAGAAGAUGUGGACAGUCUACCAGAUGAGUAUAACUUGGUGUCGGCACUGCUGUCCAUCCAGACACGGAAGCAUCAGAACCUUAAUGACAACCAAGGCGAGAUUCUCCUCAGUCCCAGACGCCUCAACUCUCUGGUGGGACACUCUGCCUCAGCUUCUCCCACCUCGAUUCGUUCCAAUUACGUGGUGAUCACCAUUAUGGAGCCUCGUCAGGAGUCUGUUAUUUUAGUUCGGGGUAGGGAUUACCGCUCUUCCAGUCAGGACUCCAUGGCCUCGGUUACUCAGAGAUGGACAGUGUGGAACUGUGCGGCACUGCUGUGCCAGAUUUCAGCACGCGUCCUGGUCUGGCUGCUGGGGCUGCUGUACUUCAGCUCGCUGCCUCUAGGGGUCUAUCUGCUAAUCAUGCAGAAUGCCACGAUGGGGGUGUUGAUGGUCAGUCUGGUACCUUCAAGUCUUCUCAUCGUCAUGGUGUACGGCCUUUGCCAAUGCCUGUGCCUUGAGUUUUGGGACUGUGUACCACCAUAAUGACCAAAGCAAUAAGUGUAACUGUUAUGUGUGGAUAUACGAUGAUUGGAU